ACGCCACAUUUCCCUGUAGUUUGGGUCAGGGAGGUUCCCUCGAGGACGUGUUUUCUUCGGCGUUUCCACGAAUAAAGUUACGAGUGUAGGAACAUGGCUGAUCUGAAUGGUGAUGGUGACACUGUGGAUGCCGCCAAACUCUCUGAGAAGGGGACAGAGGCAGCAGCCACAGGCAGUGACAAGACUGCUAAUCAAGUGGAAAGUGAAAGCAUGAAAGAGGCGGUCUCUGACCCUUACCGAUACAAGAUGGACUAUCCCAGCAUUGGAACCUGUGUGAUUAUCAACAAUAAGAACUUUGACAAAAGCACAGGCAUGAAGGACCGUAAUGGGACAGAUGUUGAUGCAGCCAUUGUUAUGAAGACCUUCACUGGUCUGGGAUACAGCAUCAGAGUGGCCAACGACCAGACAGUGAGGCAGAUGAAACAACUGCUGUGCAGUGUUUCCCAGGAGGACCACAGUAACAGUGCGUCUUUUGUGUGUGUGUUGCUCAGUCAUGGAGAUGAGGGGGUGAUUUAUGGCACAGACGACUAUGAAAAGAUAGACAUCCUGACAAAUUACUUUAAAGGGAAACGCUGUAUAAGUCUGGUGGGGAAACCAAAGCUUUUCUUCAUACAGGCAUGCCGUGGUUCAGCCCUGGAUGAAGGAGCCUUAGUUGAGACCGACAGUGUAGAUGACCAAACGUCAGAGAGGAUUCCUGUGGAGGCAGAUUUCCUUUAUGCUUAUUCCACUGCUCCAGGCUACUACUCGUGGAGAAACACAAGCAACGGCUCCUGGUUCAUACAGUCCCUGUGCGACAUGAUGCUGCAAUACUGUGGAAAGCUGGAGCUGAUGCAGAUCAUGACCCGAGUUAACCGCAAGGUGGCGCUACACUUUGAGUCUUCCUGCAACCUACCUGGAUUUAGUGGCAAGAAGCAGAUUCCCUGCAUCGUCUCAAUGUUGACCAAAGACUUUUACUUUCCCUCAUAGAUUUUUUUAUCCUUUUUUUUAACCAGCCUGUAAGAGAUAACACAUUAACGUAAAUAUUAUUUAUUUAGGUUAAUGUUUUAUCCAAACAGAAUACCAUUCAUUUCUUUGUCCUAUCAUGUCACUACAUUUAGAAUCCAAAUGCACCACCAACAUAAGGAUAAAAGGGAACCUUUUUUUAAUGAUUUAUUUUCAUUUGAUUUCAAUAUAAAAAUACUGUAUGUGCUUUACUGUAUAUUUAUCAUAUUGGUAAAUACCUAGUUUAACUCAUACAGGCUCACUUUGAAUGCAUCAACUGCACAAACCAUAAUAUCAAUACUGUAAUUCCUCAACAGGCCAACAUGAGAAAAUAAGUCUUUGAUUUUCUUUUUGGUGUUUGAACCUUGUCUCACAUGAAAUGAAUAUUGUUUUUAGGGUUAAACCCUAAAUAGAAUGCUGUUGCUAUGUCCAUUAAAUUGCUGAAACAAAAAAAGGAAUAAAAUGUGUUGGUUUAGAGAAGCUGCUUCUUUACAGCUCUGUAUUGUUCAGGUUUGAAAAGUUUAAAAGCUUCUACUUAAGCUUAUAUUAACGAGUUGUAGUGGACUGCUAUACCAGUAGAUGGCAGCAAAAUAAAGGAGAUUUGAACUGGUUUCUGAGCAACAGGUUUUUAAAUCCUCUGUCCUGCUGAGCUGCUUCCACAGGCCUGGAAUUCAGAGGAUACAUUUACAUCAUGUAAAACCUUUUAAACAUAUGUUGUUUUAAUUGGGGUUAAACAUAUUUAGUUGAGAAAUAAUUCAAAUUUGAUUUGAGGAUUAAAAUGGGGACAGUUUUGUGAUAUACAGUAAAAAUGAUCAUUUAUUCUUUGUUCUGUAACAAUCUAAAUUAAAAGAUAUGAAUGAAUGAAUGAAGGCUCUAUUGUCGAACAUGUUAACACUUAACAAACACAAAACACUCAAAAUUGUGAAAAACUAACAAAAAAAUAUAAAUCAUUAAAUGUAUGUUAAUAUAUAUCAUUAAAUGACACAUGUUGUUUGUCACUGUGAACAUAAUACAGUAUGUGCAACCUGAAAAUGAACCACAUCAGUGAUAUUGAAAUAUGUCGAAUAAAUGUGUUAUUGUUAUUCA